AUGGAACUGCGCCAAGGCUCCGCGGCCCAAGGCCAUCAAGUGAGUGUGCUCACGUACCCUGAGUGGGGUGCGCCAAUCGUAUCCUUUGAAGAGUACCGCGAGCGCGAAGUGCAAUUCCGCGCCUCCGCGUUUGGCCAGACGCUCGUGACCGACUACGUCUUGGUGCCCACAACGGACCACAGCACGCUCGACCUGCGCGGGUACCUGGAGGUCUUUGCGCAGCGCUGCAUCCUUUGGCCGCCCACCGCGCUUACGCCCAUUUGCGUGGAUGCCUUUAGCGUCGCGUCGCUCUUCACGCCAGAGAACCAUCGGCGAAAAGGCUACGGUGCCAUCACGCUCCAGGCCUUCUUGGCGCGCCAGCGAUUCGACUACAUCGUGUCCAAUUUGUACUCGGACAUUGGCACCAAGCUCUAUUUGGCGAACGGGUGGUCGUCGCACCCGUCCGACGAGAUUGUGCUCCCCGCCGACUUUGACGUUUCGCUCGUUCCCGUCGCAGCAUCGGCACCGGUCGUUCUCACAGUCAUCGACUCGAUGGACGUCCUCACCGCCAUCGCCGCCCGCGACCAAGCCGAUAUGCAAGCGGACCUUCAGCCAGGUCAAGUCGGUUUUCUUCUCACGGCCGAGUACAUUGCGUACUUUCACGCCAAAUACAAGUACUUUGCAACGCACCGUCUGGGCCUGGCCGAGCUCCCGACGUCGUACGGGCUCUGUGUGCGCGACCUUGCGACAAACGAGCUGCGCGGGUAUGUGCUUUACGCCCACAAUUUUGAAGACGACCAGCUCGAUGUGCUCAAGUACCGCGCCCUCGGCGCCGACAUUUUCGACGUCAUUUUGCCGCAUUUGCUAUCGGAAGCCCGACAAUGGAAGCUAUCGUCCGUGGGUCUGUGGCCGACGUCCGCGAUGGAGCUACCGUCCGAAAUCGCCAAGCGUCGGACGCCCCGAAGCGACUCGUUGAGCAUGCUCCUCGUCGAAGCCGCCGCAGAUCGAGCACCCGUGACGGGUCUUGAAUGGGUCGCCAACGAGAAAUAUCUCUACGCCUAA